CGACACUGACGCUGGCCCGUUCCGUCGCUUGUUGUCUGCCCUGCCCCGGCUGUUGUUGUUGUUGUUUUUUCUCUGCCGCCGCCCCUAUUGUCUUCCCCUAUGCACUCCUCAACCACCACAACCACUACCAUGGCUGAGGACUCCAAAGGCCAGUCUCGCCUGACGUCUCACGUCAGGGCCGAGUUGAACUUCAAAUAUUGCGACUUUCUGUUGCUGGCUUGCUGUUUCUGCUCCGGUCUGCUGGACAGCACCAUGUACAACGCGUACAACACCUUCGUUUCCAUGCAAACAGGAAACACCAUUUUCCUGGGUCUGGGUGCCUCCGGCCAGGAUUCCCGACCGUACGACUGGGCCCGAUCCCUGACGGCCAUCGUCUGCUACGCGCUCGGGAGCUUCCUCUUCGCCCGUAUCAACAACUUCCUGGGCCCUAAACGCCGCGGCACGCUCAUCACCUCCUUCCUGCUGCAGGUGAUCCUGCUCAUCAUUGCCGCCGCCCUGGUCCAGAGCUCGGUCAUCACCAGCACGUUGGCCGAGGCCAAGGCCACCCCCUACAUCACCAACUGGAGCCAGGAGGCCACGAUCGUGCUGCUCAGCAUGCAGUCGGCCGGACAGACCGUCGCCAGUCGUGUGCUGGGCUACAACGAGGUGCCCACCGUUGUGAUCACCAGUCUCCUGUGCGACCUGAUGAUGGACCCGAAGCUGUUCCUGCUUCGCAACGAGAAGCGCGACCGUCGCGUCGUCGCCUUCAUUCUGACCCUGCUGGGUGCCAUCGCUGGUGGUGGGAUCAGCAAGGCCACGGGCAACAUCUGGGCGUCACUGUGGAUCAUCGCGGGCAUCAAGUUCGUCAUCGCGGUCGCGUUCACCUUCUGGCAUGUCAAGAAGUAGAUAGCUCGCUAGAUAGCCGUGAUUAGACCCUCUCCUCCAUACAAACCAAUCUCCAUACGUACCUUACCUCUCUUCCUAUUCUCCCUCCUCUUCCAUAUUUCAUCACAACGCCACCCACACAUUAUCCUCCGCAUAAUUCUCGGGCACCCACGACUCCCGGAAAUACCGCUCCAACACCACCUCCUGGUACGUCUGAUCGUCGACGCAAUAAGCGCCUCCAGUCGGGCCGAUAUGGGGGCAAUGCACAUCCGGGUUGUAGCGGACCAUGUUAUCGUGCACCUCGCGAC